GCUAUUUGUCAAAAUGUCCACUUUGCCUGAUGUGCUCACUCCAGUUCACAGAGAGGUCGCACUCACUGAUCUAUAUUAGAAACCACGUGUUGCAUUUUGCGUGGAUUUUGCGUGUUUCUUUCGUGAGGCAGCUGAGAAGUCUGGAAUAUCAUAAAUUUACCUGAAUUUUAUUGCUGUAAAAACAUGUCUGUAGUUUUAAAUCCUCUUGUAAAAUGGGCACAGGAUCGUAAUCUAGUACAUCUAACUAUUGAGCUCAGUGAUGCGGUUGUUAACAGCCUGGAAAUCGAGGAGAGAGGUCUAAAAUUUCAAGGUUGUGGAAAUGGUGCUCAGGGUGAAAAUAUUUACAAGCUUGAUGUAACAUUCAGUGAAGAUGUUCUUCCCAAGCUCAGCACUCAUAAAAAAAAUGAUAGGUGUGUGGCAAUCACCUUAAGAAAAAAAGAAUCAAAAUACUGGGAGAGAUUACUGGCUGAUAAUAACAAACCAGGAUGGUUGAAGAUUGAUUUUGAUAGAUGGCGAGGUGAAGAUGACUCAGAAGAAGAAAAACAGGAGGAAAUUACGAGAAUAUCUGUUGAGCAUCGGAAAAAGCAGAUGGAAAAAGAUCUCGAAGACCAUGUCAAAGAAGCAGAAGAAGAAAUCAAAGGGCUGGUGAUAAAAGGCUAUCUUUCAAUUUAUAAUGCCUUGCAAGGAAUUGCAUUCUUUUACACCACUUUGGCUAUUUUAUUCAGGUUGCUAAUAAACGGCUCUGAUGCAGUUCCUCGGAUAUUUGAUGAUGUCAGUGAUUUAGUAGCAACGUGUCAAAUUGCGGCGUUCAUUGAACCUGUGAAUGCUGCAUUUAAGCUGGUUAAUACUGGUGUGGUCGCACCUUUAGCUCAGAGCAUCGGUCGUUUCAUUGUGCUGUUUCUUGUCAUCAACCCUCACGAACAGCUGCAGAAAAGUGUUUUAGUUGUUGUGUUAUUUCUGGCCUGGUCGCUCAUCGAGAACGUCAGGUAUCCUUUCUAUUUUCUACAAACUAUUGGUUACUGUCCUAAAUGGCUGCUCUGGUUGCGAUAUACGGCCUGGAUUCCGUUAUACCCUCUUGGUAUUCUAACCGAAGGAGUGUUAAUAUACCAAGCUGCAAGUUUGUUUGAUGCGAAGAAUCGCUGGUCCUUGUCCUUGAAUUUUAUAGUGGCGGAUUCAUCGAUUCCAUUUUCGUUUUUUUUAAAAUUGUAUUUGAUCAUUCUCGCUGUAGGUGGUGGAUAUCUUCUGAAACAUAUGUGGACGCUAAGAGUUAAGAAAUACGGCAAAACAUCCAGAAGAAAAAUGAAAACUGUCAAGAAAGACUAAAAAUGAAACAAAACUGAUCUUCAUCGCUAUACAGCAUCAUGCAACGGUUUUUCGCAAACAAGAUCAAUUGCGCUUUUUACCAUUGGAAUUAUCAACCAAAUGCCUAAGAAUUUAAAAACGCAUCCCUUUACAUCCCUCACGAAGGUGCAAUUGUAAAUUUUUUUGUUUGUAUAAUCUGCUUGUAACAUCUCUGAGAUAUCAUGCAUUUGCACUCUCUAAAAAUAAAUGCUUGUGUAUUGAUUGAGGCAAUCAUUUGAACUUCGAGAGCCAAUUUGGCAUUCUAAUCAGCAAAAUAAAUGUACACAAAUUGGUUUUAAAAAGUUAUCACACAGUAGUGGUAGACCUUUCUCACUUACAACAGGAAUUUACUUUUAACAGAGUAAUAAUAAUUUACACAUG